AUGUCCUUGUCGUUCAAUUUUCCUCGUCCGACUACCGAGGCUGAUGAUCUCGAGAACCUUUACAAGGCGUACGGGGUCGAUCGUACCGUCGUUCUUGAUUUGGCCGGUACGAAUGAGACUCCCGAAACCGUGAGAGAAGGCUACUACGGAGCCUAUCUUUCCUUCUUUCAUUCCUGCGGUCUUACCUUCCUGAUCCCGGAGCCAAUACUGGAGGUCCUGGCGGGGCUUGGGUUAUCGCUUACCCAGCUUCUCCCAAAUUUUCUUAGGCAUCUUGUCGCCUUCUUGGUUAAGGCUAGGGAGGAGGGUCUUGCUUUUGGUGUUAGUGAGUUUCGUCAGCUCGUUCUGGUGAAGCAGAAUAAGCAGAACCCUGGUACUUUUCUCGUGUCUCCGCACCCAGGUCGCCACAUCAUCGAGGACAUCCCUUAUCGCGACGAGAAGUGGCGCGAGCAAUUUUUCGUUUUGAAGAUGGAUCGAGCAUCUAUGUGUGACUUUGAUUUCUCCCAGCUUCCCCGGCGUUGGGCUGAGAAUAUCGUUCCUUCUGGAAGUUCUUCAAUGUCGGAUGAGAUCCGCGAUCUGAUGAACUGGUUUGCAUCGAGGGGACGAGCUUCCGAAAAAUCUCCCUUGAUCUCGAUUCAUGAUUCCGACGACAAAGAUGUUUCAGGAGAGACUCGACCUCCUGUCUCGUUGAGCCCUGGCUCAGAAGACGAGAACGUGGCGGCGAGUCGUAAGCGAUGUCGGUCAUCGGAAGGUGACUUGCCCGGUCUGUCUCGUCCUAGGUUUGUUUAUGAGGGAGAUGGCUCUUCGUUUGCGGCCCAAAGCGACUUAAUUUCCCUUGCUGGUCACAUGAGGUCUGCGGGUUACCGUCUCCCAUCUCUCGCUUCCUCUUACGUCGUGACGAUAAAGGAUCAUGUCGUGGCUUCUCGGAACGACAAGGAAAUCGAGAGUAUUGGUUCUGAGAUCAAGAGGCUUUCGGAGGAGCUCGAAGCCACCAAGCGAGAAGGGAAGAAGGAUGACGAGAAGAUCGAAGUCUUGACUGAAGACCGGAGGAGAGUUCAUCUGGAGAACGAGACUCUCACGUCCCAGAUGGUUGCUCAAAGGGCAAGAAUUGCGGCGCCUGAGGUCGAGAGAGAUUGGGACAUUCGCCGCGCUUCUCGUAUUGCUCGUCGCGAUAUUGCGGCAAAGUAUCGGGAAGUUCUCGAAUCUUUGAAGGGUAGUUGGGCGAGCAAGAAGAAGGAAGUGUAUGCUGAGAUCCGGCUACAAGAAGUGACCGCCAACAUCGACCUCCUGAACGAGCUUAAGGAUGGGGGCUUGACUAUGGAUGCGGAGCUUGCAAGAUUAAAGGGAAUGAAAGGAGAUUACGAGGAUCUUGUCGCCCUAGCCGCCGUGCCGGAUUGGUUGAUCUCCGAGCUCGAUCUUCCUUAA